UCCCGAGUGCGUGGGAUGACAGGCACCAUGACGCCGGCGCACACGCAGCCGUCGGCGGCGGGGCAGACCUACGCCGUGCCCCUGCUGCAGCCCGACCUGCGGCGGGAGGAGGCGGUCCAGCAGGCGGCCGACGCCCUGCAGUACCUGCAGACGGUCUCCGCAGACAUCUUCAACAGGAUCUCGCAGCGGGUGGAGCUGAGUCGGAGGCAGCUGCAGGCCAUCGGGGCCCGUGUCUCCCUGGCCCAGGCCAAGAUCGAGAAGAUCAAGGGCAGCAAGAAGGCCAUCAAGGUGUUCUCCAGUGCCAAGUACCCAGCCCCGGAGCGCCUGCAGGACUACGGCUCCAUCUUCACGGGCGCGCAGGACCCGGGCCUGGAGCGGCGUCCGCGCCACAGGAUCCAGAGCAAGCACCGGCCCCUGGACGAGCGCGCUGUGCAGGAGAAGCUGAAGUACUUCCCUGUGUGCGUGAGCGCCCGGCCCGAGCCUGAGGACGAGGCGGAGGAGGGGCUCGGGGGUCUGCCCAGCAACAUCCGCUCUGUCAGCUCCCUGCUGCUCUUCAACACCACUGAGAACCUGUACAAGAAGUAUGUCUUCCUGGACCCGCUGGCCGGCGCGGUGACCAAAACCCAUGUGAUGCUGGGGGCAGAGACAGAAGAGAAGUUGUUUGCAGCCCCCCUGUCCAUCAGCAAGAGAGAGCAGCUGGAGCAGCAGGUCCCGGAGAGCUACUUCUACGUGCCAGACCUGGGCCAGGUGCCGGAGAUGGACGUGCCCUCCUACCUGCCGGACCUGCCGGGCGUGGCCGAUGACCUGGUCUACAGCGCCGACCUGGGCCCUGGCAUUGCGCCCUCCGCCCCCGGGGCCAUGCCCGAGCUGCCCGCCUUCCACACCGAGGUGGCCGAGCCCUCCAAGCCCGACUCGGAGGACGGGGUGCUGACAGCGCCCCCGCCACCCCCACCCCCACCGCCGCCACCCCCUGCUCCCGCCGUGCUGGCUGGAGCUCCCCCACCGCCCCCGUCCCUCCAGACCAGCGCCCCUGCCGGCCCGGGGCCCAGGGAGGACGAUGCGGGCAGCGGCGUGCCCCCCCCAGCCCCCAUCCAGGGCGCCCCCAAGGAAGUGCUGGACCCCUCCAGUGGCCGGGCUACUCUGCUGGAGUCCAUCCGCCAGGCCGGGGGCAUCGGCAAGGCCAGGCUGCGCAGCGUGAAGGAGCGCCGGUUGGAGAAGAAGAAGCAGAAGGAGCAGGAGCAAGUGAGAGCCACGGGCCAGGGCGGGGACCUCAUGUCCGACCUCUUCAACAAGCUGCUGCUGCGGCGCAAAGGAAUCUCUGGGAAAGGCCCGGGCGCAGGGGCCAGCGAGGGGCCGGGCGGGGCCUUCGCCCGGAUGUCAGACUCCAUCCCGCCCCUGCCGCCGCCGCAGCAGCCCGCGGGGGAGGAUGAGGACGACUGGGAGGCGUAACCGGCGCCCCGCGAGCAGCCCCCCCCCCAGAAUAAA